AUGCCCCAAAAAUCCCUCUUCUUACGCUCGCCGACGCCCAUCCUGUACGCUGAUGGUGGUGCAAAGGCGAUCGAGCUUGGCAUCGUGGAUGUUCUGUCAAUGUUCUCAGAAGCAACGAACGAGUCGUUGUGCUUCAGCGCCCGCGUCACAUCCUCCACCUCGCCGGCUACAGCAUCCACACUCGCGGAAUUACACGACCUGGAUAGGUCAAUUGCGUGGCUCGACCAUUGGCUCAAAGUAACCACUGCCCUCGCAUCCGACGCGCCUCCCGAUCCCGAGCUCCGUGGCGUCGUACGGCGGAAGCUCAUCGCCAUGAGCGACGUGCACGCCCAGAAAGAGAGUGAGCGAUAUCGGGUGCGCGCCGAGCCGUUUGGCGCCGCGAGUGGCGACGACGGCUACGCUACCGAGUCUGACGUCGAGGAAGAUGAUCAGUCCGGUGACAAGGAGAGUGGCUACGGCGGCGACGACGACAGCGACGACGCGCAAAAUCAGCUUCUGCCGGUUCGCCGCCGCCCGAGCACCGCGAAUAUCACGUCGUGA